GUAGUACAAAAAUGGAGACCAUAGGUCCUGAAAUUCAAGUAGAAAACAAGGAUGAGAAGAGAUCAGCUGAAGGUACUCCUCAGAAGAAGCAAGAGGAAACAGCAUCCAUGCUUUGCUUCAAGAGAAGAAAGAAAACGACCAAAGCUCUGAAGCCCAAAGCUGGCUCUGAAGCUGCUGAUGUGGCAAAGAAGUGUCCCUCAGAAGCAGGAGCUUCUGAUCAGCCACAGCACCCAGGGGGAGCCUGGGCCUCAAUUAAAUGCCUUGUCACACGCAGGAAAAAGUCAGGUUCUGCCAAGCAGCCCAAGCUGUUGGAGGCCGAAGUGCAACCAGCAGGAAAUGCUGAGGCUGCUGAGCCGUCUAAGAAAAAGGCAAAAUCCAGGCUCAAGUUUCCCUGCAUCAAGUUCUCAAGAGGGGUAAAACGCAGUAAUCAUUCCAAAAUUAUAGAGGACUCAGAUUGCAGCGUCAAAGUGCAGGGAGAGGCUGAAAGUUUGGAUGUACAAACUCAGACCCAACUGAAUAAUCAGGUCACAAAGGCUACAUUGACCCAGGAUCUGGAUGAAAGCAUCUCACAGAAAGAUGGUGAUGAGGUCUGUGAGUCAAACGUGAGCAACCGCGUGACUUCUGGAGAGAAAGUGAUUUCUGUGGAACUUGGGUUAGACAAUGGGCAAUCUGCUAUUCAAACAGGAACCGUAAUCCUUGAAAAAGAAAUUGAAACAGCUGAGGAAGAACAAAGUGUUCAACCCCAGCAAGCAAGCUCACUUGAAAAUUCAGAAACAGACUACCAGCCACCUGUGGUUUCGGAUGUUUCUCCUUCGCCUGCAAUCCCAGAUCAACGAAUUGUGGAGGAAGCCAGUAACGACAUCUUAGAAAGUGGAUCAAAUUGGAAAGACUAUGACAGUACAGUGAUUCUAACAGAGGAGAAUACGCCAAAAGAUGCUGAACUGAGCCAGGAAUCAGAUUUUAAAGAGAACGAGCCCAGUGCAGAGAAACCCAAGACAGAAGAAAGCAAAAGAAUGGAGCCAAUUGCUAUUAUUAUUACAGACACAGAAAUCAGUGAAUUUGAUGCUGAGAAAUCUAAAAAUGUCCCUAAGCAAUUCUUAAUUUCAAUCGAAAAUGAGCAAGUAGGGGGUUUUGCUAAUGACAGUGGUUUAGAGGGUAGAACUUCAGAACAAUAUGAAACUCUCUUAAUAGAAACAGCUUCUUCUCUUGUCAAAAAUGCUAUCCAGUUGUCUAUAGAACAGCUGGUUAAUGAAAUGGCCUCUGAUGAUAAUAAAAUAAACAAUCUUCUACAGUGACUUAAUUUCCAGAUCAUGGAAAGAAAAAAAAAAAGCUUAAUGAGCUGUUUUACAUAAUUGUGGCAUUUCUUAUUCAGUAACUAAUGAGAUUUAUCAUCCAUGGGAUUUAAAGGUACAAUUUCAGCCUAGAAGUGCUAAAGAAUAAUUCAAGUUUAGAAAACCCUGUCUUAUCACUGAAAUACAGUCACUUCUGGAUCAGAGGAAGCCCACACAGCUUGCAAUGCCAAGUGACAUGUGACAAGUUCCUAAAACGGCAUGUAGAGAUUGGAGCUUUGGAGCAGGAAGAUUUCUUGAGCAUUUAUGGUUGCCAUAAGCUCUUAAAUGUCCUCUGAGGUCACAAAGUCUGGUUUCCUUUUGAUAGUUCAGCCCUGUGUAUAGGUUAACAUCACAUGCAGUUUUCAAGAACUUUAUUAUUAUUUUUUUUUACAGUGCAUUCCUGUGUUGUUUAAAAUGGUGAGUAAGGUGAGCUGGGUUUUUUUGUGAAUGUGUGAUUUAUUAUUGUUAUAUUUCUAAGCAGUGGUCUUACCUCAAAAAAUAUAUACAUAUUGUAUUUCCCCAUCUUCAGCAUAGAGUGUAUGGAAUAUACAUAUUGGAAUUAAACAUGGGCAGUUUUCUAGUUUUGCUCAAAUCCCUGAUAAACGCUAUUGUUUCAAAUAAACUCCUUCAAAGAGGCAAAUAGUAACCAAGUGGAAAAGUGUGGAAAUGAAAUUUACCCUCUCCAUUUUCCUACUGCCCUAGCAGACCUGUAAAUAUCCAUUUCUGCAUGGGUUUGUCUGCUGAAAAGUUAAAAACAAAUUAAACAAUGACAAAAAGAGAGAGAGAGAAAUACUGUUUUUCAUCCAGGAGAAGGGCAACUUCCCCAAAUGAAUAGAUAUUAGAAUUAAUUUUGUAGAAUUACUUCUGUAAGAACCAUAUUCAUCAAUCUCUCUCCCCAAAUUAGGGAGAGUGGAUUCAAAGCCAGCCUGGAAGUAAAGGUUGUAGAUACUCAAUAAUCUAGUGAAAAUAUUUAUUUUCAAUCAAGAAUGAGCCAUGUACAUAGCUGAAUAGAAAGAAAAAAGUUAUUGUUGCGCCAGCUGGUGGCAUGGUGGUUAAGGCAGCUGGAUCCCACAAGGCCAGCUUCAAGGUACAAGUCCCAGACCUGGUGGCUUGAAAAACAAAUCAGGCAUGUUUUGGCACAUGUCUAUAAAUCUCAAGAGGAGAAUGGAAGAGAAAGGAUUGUGACAUGGCCAUCCCCCCUUGGGGGGUGAU